AUGUCAGCACAAGGUAUUCCUCAACUUGACGAUGCUUCCAAAAGGGAGUUGGAAGGCUUCUUAGAGCAAGAACAAGCAAAAGCUAAACUUCAAGCAUCUAUUCACGAGCUCACCAACACAUGUUGGAAUACAUGUAUCACAGGAUCCAUCUCAUCUAAAUUCUCAAAGUCAGAAGCUCAAUGUCUCGAAAAUUGCGUAGAUAGAUUCUUGGAUUCAAGUUUAUAUAUAGUCAAACAGAUUGAAUCUCAAAAACAGCAACUCUAA